AUGUUUUUAAAACGCAAUGCUCAACGUUAUGAAGCUGAAUAUCCCGAGGCCGUAAAAGCCAUUUGCGGCAACACUUUCGUCGAUGACUGGCUUCAGUCUGUGGACUCAGUAGCUGAGAUGACAAAGCUGGCCCAGGCUGUAAAACUAAUUCAUGCUGAUGGAGGAUUUGACAUGCGACACUGGACAUCCAAUUCUCAAGCAGUGGUCUGUGCUCUUGAGAAUAGAUAUGACAUGUUGGACAAGCCAAUUUGUUACCCAGACGUUGGUCCGGAAAAGGUUCUGGGCAUGUGGUGGCAACCUGGAGAAGAUUGUUUAACGUUUAUGGUGAAGCCAGAUACAAUCGCAAAGGCUCUGGAUGGUCGGCCAACUAAACGCCGCAUCCUGAGCAUGAUUAUGACCAUAUUCGACCCCCUUGGAAUUGUUGGAUUUUUCAACAUACGUGCAAAAAUCAUUCUGCAAAAUAUAUGGAGGAGUGGAGUCGGAUGGGAUGAGCCGCUCAAAGAAGAAGACGAGGCGGACUGGCGUCGUUGGUUGGAUUUGGUGCCAACGUUAAACAAUCUGCGUAUAGCCCGAUGUUUGAAAGGAGUUAGUGCAGCUAGAUGUCUGGAAAUGCAGACAUUUGUAGACGCAAGUGUUAAUGCAUACGCUGCCGUCGUAUACAUCCGAGCUGAAGUAGACGAUCAAGUUCAUUGCAGCCUUGUAGCGUCGAAAACAAGGGUUGCUCCAUUGAAACCAAUUUCGAUACCUCGCAUGGAACUCAUGGCAGCUGUUUUGGGGCUGAGGUUGGCCAGAUGUAUCGAGUCUGAAAUGUCAGUACACGUUGACAAGAAAGUGUUCUGGACAGACUCUAGAGACGUUCUAUUCUGGAUACGUUCGGAUGUUCGUAAAUUUCACCAAUUUGUUGCACUCCGCAUUGGCGAAAUCUUAGAAGGAUCAGAUGUGAGUAACUGGAGAUGGGUCCCGUCAGCGCAAAAUGUGGCCGACGAUGGUACCAAAUGGACAAGAACGCCUGUCAUUAACGAAGCGAAUAGGUGGUUCAGAGGGCCUGAAUUUCUAUAUUCGGAUGACUCUCAGUGGCCGCAGAUGAACAUUGAUGCGAGCCAACAUAGCCAUACUAUUCUACAACACGUCGAAGAGCAAUUGGAAGCCAUGUCACCUUUGAGCUGUAUCUCACCAGACCCAGAAAGAUUCAGCAAACUGGAGAGAUUAAGAGCCGCACAGUUGCGAGUAUUGGAUUUCUUGCGAUCUAUUGCCAAGCAGUGCAUGGGAUUGGAAUUAAAGAAGUUAUUAUUACUUGAGCGGCCAAUCGAGAUGGAUAUCAUUCUAAUACGAGUGUGCCAGGAAACCGAGUAUUUCAGCGAGAUGAAAUGCUUGAAAACGGGAAGCAGUAUUAUGGAUCGGAAGAGCAAGCUAUUCAAAUGCUCUCCGUACUUGGACGAAGUAAGCAUACUGCGCGUCAAGGGAAGAAUCGACCUAAUAGAAGGAGUCGAAGUAAACCUAAAGCGACCCAUAAUCCUACCAAGAAGACAUCGAUUUACAUUUCUGCUGGUUGAGUCGUAUCAUCGCCGGUACCAUCAUCUGUACGACGAGAUCGUGGUCAAUGAACUACGGCAAAAAUUCCUGAUAUUUGGUCUGAGAGCCUUGGUGAGAGAGGUUUCUCAAACUUGUCCAGCAUGCCGGAUGAGGCGCGCGCGUCCUAGGCCUCCAGAAAUGGGAGGUCUACCGCGUGAGCGUUUGGCGCACCACAUGGCGCCGUUCACCUAUACAGGAGUGGAUUACUUUGGGCCCAUCGACAUCAUCGUUGGACGACGGCACGAGAAGCGCUGGGUGUUCUGUUCACAUGCCUCACAAUUCGUGCCGUACACCUGGAUAUUGCAACGUCAUUGUCAACCGACUCUUUUCUUUGUAUUCUAA